CCGAUGAUCCUGACGUAGGUCGAUCCAUUGAAGAGCUUGUUCGUUCUCGUGGUUUCGAUAUUGAAGUGCACAAUGUCAUCACCAAAGAUGGCUACAUUCUCGCUUUGCAUCGCCUGGUUAAUCGCAAAGAGCGCCUUGGUUUGCCUGAAGACUACUACCACUACUCAACUAUUAAGAAACCAGUCCUAAUUCAGCAUGGCAUUUUUAGCUCCAGUAUUGAGUUUCUCAUCAAUUCGCCCUUUUUGGAGAACAACAAUUCUAAAUCGGGCGACAACCUUGGAUUUGGCCUUCAUAUGACUGGAAGAUAUGAUGUAUUUUUAAGUAAUACCAGAGGAAGUCUCUACUCACAAAAGCAUGUCAAGUUUUCAAAUCAAGAGGAUGCCUUUUGGCGGUAUUCAUUCGAUCACAUGGCUGAAUUUGAUUUGCCAGCAGUGAUUGAUUACAUCAAGAAAAUUACUUCUUCAGAAACGGUUGCCUACGUUGGCUUCAGCCAGGGAACAGCAAUAAUGUUCGCCUUAAUGUCACUCCGACCAGAAUACGGCCGCAUCGUUCGGCCAUUCAUUGCCAUGGCGCCAAUUACCACCGUCAGUGGCGUCCAGUCGCCCAUUCCUUCGGUGUCUAUUCGCCAACUUGCUCUGGUUAUGUCGCUGUUCCUCGAAAGACCGCACCAGUUCACGAUUCCCGCCUGGCUGUCUGGUGUUUUCUGGAAGUCUACGCACCUUAAUGAGAGCCGAGUCUCGGUCUACUCACAGCACGCAUCCUCGGUGGGCAGUUGGGAGCUGCUGCACUGGGCUCAACUGGUAAUAUCGCGGCGGUUUGAGCGAUUUGACUACCGAUCAAGGGCGGAGAAUGCGGCAAAGUACGGCCAGGCGACAGUGCCUGACUUUCCACUGCAGGCAAUACCCAGGGAGGCAGUUAUCGCACUGAUUAGGUCAGACGGAGAUGAAAUGUCCACAGUGCCUGAUCAGGAGAGACUGAUAGCUGUGCUGAAGAAGGCUGGCGUAGCAUUGGAUGAUUAUGUGAUACCAGCCAGUAACUGGUCACAUGCGGACUACUUGCAUGGUCUCGAUGCAGGACGACUGAUUUACGAUCAUAUCAUCGAACUUCUGGAUCGGUUUACGCUGUGA